AUGCACGACCCGCGAGAGCCACACUUCAACGCUCUAAAACGCAUUCUCCGUUACAUUAGAGGGAAAAUUGAUCAUGGACUCCAUCUCUAUCGCUCUACAAACACCACACUCACGGCAUAUACCGACGCAGACUGGGCAGGUUGCCCAAACACACGCCGCUCCACCUCCGGUUUUUGUGUUUACCUUGGUGACAAUCUCAUCUCUUGGUCCUCCAAACGACAACCAACAGUCUCUCGCUCUAGUGCAGAAGCUGAAUACCGUGGAGUCGCCAACGCAGUCGCUGAAACAAUAUGGAUUCGAAAUCUCCUUCUAGAACUUCAAUGUCCCAUCACCACUGCAACCCUCGUUUAUUGCGACAACGUAAGUGCUGUUUACCUCUCUACAAACCCGAUACAACAUCAACGGACCAAACAUGUUGAGCUGGAUAUCUUGUUUGUUCGGGAACGUGUCGCACUUGGUCAAGUUCGAGUUCUUCAUGUGCCAUCAUCACACCAAUAUGCAGAUAUCUUCACCAAAGGCCUCCCAACUGAAUUGUUCAAUGACUUCAAAUCCAGUCUUCACGUCACACGCACAUGA